GGUCUUGGGGCCACAUGUGGGCUCCUUUAAUUACACAGUGAUUUGGUGUUAAAGCUGAGGCUCUGGAAGCCUGUUUGGAAGAAACACAAACUGGUGGGACAGUUUGUUUCCUUGUGUGUUCUGUCCAGCUGCGUCUUCAUUUGGAGCCUGGAGUUGGAAGAGGUAGGGACAAGCCAAGCAGGGCAUCCAUACUGAGUGGGAAGGGCGCAGAUUGUCAGGAGUGCAGUCUGUCUGCCUGAGCGAUUAGCAGCAUGUGGCCACAGGGAAGUGGUCUCUAAAAAUAGCUGGUGAGCAGUUUGCAGUCAGGUCCAGUUUCAGCACUGGAGCCCUUGUCCUGGCAGUACUGGUAGCCACAGUUCUUGCAGGGAAGGACCACUGGGUGCCCAUACCUCCCGGGGGCACCUUAGUUUUUUCCCUUCUGUGUAUUUUGUGCAUGGAUUGAAGAAAUCAAAAUGGCUGAAGAUAAAGAGGCAAAGCACGGAGGACACAAGAAUGGGAGAAGAGGAGGGAUUUCAGGAGGGUCCUUUUUCACAUGGUUCAUGGUCAUUGCAUUGCUCGGCGUCUGGACAUCUGUGGCUGUCGUGUGGUUUGACUUGGUCGAUUAUGAAGAAGUUCUAGCCAAAGCAAAGGACUUCCGUUAUAACUUAUCAGAGGUACUUCAAGGAAAACUAGGAGUCUAUGAUGCGGAUGGCGAUGGAGACUUUGAUGUGGAUGAUGCCAAAGUUUUAUUAGAAGGACCUGGUGGGUUAGCCAAGAGGAAAACUAAGGCUAAAGCUAAAGAACCCAUCAAAGAAGAGCUGAAGAAGGAGAGAGGGAAAGCUGUGCCUAGCAAGAAUGAAGAGCGAAGGCAGGGGAAGAAGGAGCAGGAGGAUAGAGGGAAGGGGAGGAAGAAGCCUGACUCAGACACAUCCCAGAAAGCAUCCGCUGCAGGGAAGAGAGACAGAGACAAGGAGAAAGCCAGCUCUGACAAGAGUUCCAAGUCUAAGGAAAGCUGGAAGAAGGCCGUAGAGACAAAGGCUGUUUCUAGUAAAGUGGCUGCCAGAGACAAAGACAGGCGAGGAAGAAGCUCCUCUGGGCAUGCUCACGUCGCCAAGGAAAAUGGCCAGAAGAGAAAGAACUGAAGGCCUGUCAGAAAUGACUCACCUUCCUCACUCCAGUUCGCUGCUAAAGGGCAGAGGAAAUCUGGGAUUGCUCCGACUGGGAAAAUGAUCCAUAUUAGCCACUGGAUGUGUUUAUUGGUGCUCAAUAAGUAAAUUCUGUGAAUCAAGUAUACUUUGUCAUCUUCUCAGUUUCAAAAAAAAAAAAUGAAAGUUUGUGUUAUACAAUGUAAUGACCUGUUUUUAUUGCUAUGUGCGUAGUGUGAAUUGUAAUGGUUUUAAUCCUUUAUUAAAUCCUGUAUUGAGGUAAGUAAGAAAGAGUCUGGAGAGCAUGAGAAGUAUUAAUGUGCAGCGAGGGACUCAGCCAGGCAGGGUCUUCCCUGCCUCCUCCCUUCCUGCUCCCAGCUUGCCCAUGGCAGCCCCAGGCUACUGUCUGUCACCUCCCUCCUCAUUUGUUAGGCCUUUGCCCUUUAGGCUCCAUCUGUCCAGGUUGAGCUCGUGCCUCACACCUUAUCUCCUACCUUCCUGUCCCCUUAGCGGCCUUAGUUGCCCUUCCUCUUCUUACCCAGCUUCCUGUUUUCACACCUUCCUUUCAUUACAUAAACAAUAAGGAUAAACCGAGAGCCUGUUCAGCCCACUCCGGACACAUCUUUCUGAAUUCUAUGUAUUGUCAAGAAUUAAAGAGUUUUAUCUAGGAGAACAUUUCCAAAUGCUUUUAUUUAUGUUAGCUGUAUGGACUGUGAAUCAUCCAAAGACGUUGGCUUCACUGCGGUACUUGUGUGGUUCACUGUUUUUCAGUGGUGGUUAGCUGGCUUCCAUUCUUAUGUUUCAGUUGGUGUGGUUAGCUGGCUUAUAUUCUUAUGUUUCAGGUGUGGUUAGCUGGCAUAUAUUCUUAUGUUUGUAUCAUGAUUAUUUAUCAUUUCCAGACGACCGCAAAUUUGAGAUCAAACUUCUUAGCCCAUCACAAACAAUUAAUAAAAGAAAUAUCAUUGAGGGAGACAUUUCUACAAAUGUGUGCUGGUCUGUGCAUGAUGCUCUAACUUAUCUUUAGGUUACAUGUUAAUUAAAAAGUCUGACCAGGGUACGGUGGGUGCCUCGGGCCUGUAAUCCCAGCACUGAGAGAUGGAGGUAGGAGGACCACGAGUUUGAGCUCCUCCUUGGCUACAGAUCUCCUUGGCUAUAGCCUGUCUGGGCUAUGUCAAGAUCCUGUCUUGGGCGCCAGCGCGCGCACACACACACACACACACACACACACACACACACACACUCUUUCUCUCUCUCUCACACUCUCUUUCUCUCUCUCUUUCACAAACACACACACACUCUCUCUCUCUCUCUCUUUCACACACACACACACACACACACACACACACACACACACACACACACACACCAAUAGUAAAAGUAACUUGAUAAUAGAAUAAAACAUUUUAUCAAGAAGACUUUAAAUUUUAAAAAUAACUUUUUAGCUUUUCUAUGAAGAGAUUUGAAAUAGAAAUUUUUUUGGCCUAGUUAAAAGGCACUAAAACCAGAUAUAAGUAAACUUAAAUGUAGAACAAACAUCUCUCUCUCUCUCUCUUUCUUUCUUUCUUUCUUUCUUUCUUUCUUUCUUUCUUUCUUUCUUCCCUCCCUCCCUCCCUCCCUCCCUCCCUCCCUCCCUCUCUCUCUUUCUUUCUUUCUUUCUUUUCUCUUAAAAGCCAGCAGCUUUUUCUGCUUAUAAACAACUAAAUCCCAGCUCACUUAAAGGAAUCACCAAAGGAGGCUUUUUGUACAUAUACCAAGAUCUCUAUUAUAUUCCUGGCCCAAAGAAAUUACACUAUGUCAUGACUUGAUUCUCUGUUGGUUAGUGAGGAUAUUUUGUUUUGUAAUUUUUUUCAUGAAAUACCAGACCACAUACACUAAAACCAGGGGUCUGUGACUGUAGCUUCAGACUGAUGGCUUCCGCAUUUCAGGUCUGUGAUGAGAAGUUCCUCCUAGUUCAAUUUCCAAAAUCCUGGUCAUGCUAAUUUGGUCUGUUUUAUUCCUUGCAAGAUACAACCAUGUGGUACGAAAGGAGACUUCGGCAGGCCUCAGAGACAUUGCCUUAUUUUUCUGGAGGGUUCUGGUGGAGCAAACUCCCUAGGAGAAUCUGUUGAACAUUCUUUUUAGAUUAUUGGUUUUUGAAACAGGGAUUUGGGGGUGGAGCAUGAAUGAGUGCCAAAGUGUUUUGGCAUUUUCCAUUCAUAAAUGGACGUCUGGGACAUCAGAGACCUUCAAGGAUAACUGAAAAACAGCAAACCUGCAGGACAGUUUCAGUGUCUUCAAAAUGUAUUCUGAUUUUACUGCGAGAUACAGGAUUUAAUUAAAAAACAUUACUUGCAAGAAAUUUAAUGAUGUUUCUCCUACAGGCAAUCCCCCCCCCCCCACCUCCCCGCCAUAGAAGGACACAACUUUAGUGGAGGCAUUUUUAUUACGUUUACCUUGGUUUGAAGUUCAGUGGCCAGGGAGUUUAAAGUCUAGAAGUGCUCAGUUCUAGGCAAUGAGAGGGCCUUAGGAUCAGCACCAGCAUAAGAAGGUGAGCAUCGCUUGGACUUUGGGAAGAUGCUGUAAGCUUCUUUGGAUCUAGAGGUACUUUUUCCUCUGAACAGCAGCACUCAGGAAUUGAAAGAGAACUCGGGGUCCACAGGCAGUCACAGAAGUGGCUCAUAGCACCCAGCAGAAAUACUGACCUGUUACUAGGCACUUCACAUUUUGGGGAAUGUCUGUGAGUGGGGACUGGAUUUAUUCUCCCUUUCUCUCCUUUCCCCAGCCAGUCUCUCCUUUCUCUCUAUGCUACAGAUGGUUAUACUCGGUCUUUUGGCAUUGUCUCACGAUCCAGUAUCUUAGCAUCCAGAUUUCAGUUAAAGAGCACAGGUGAGCCGAAAGAGGGAGAUAAACCUGCGUGGUGACUGAGGUUGCCCAUGCUGUGCCAUUCCCAGACAUACUCAGGAUCAUUCAUGUGGUAGUUCUAAUUCAUUGUAACUGCUAGCUGAGGAUAAUUCUCAGCUAAACACAAUCUGUGAUUCUUUGUAGCUAGCAAACAAGACUUCCAGGAUACAUUUGAAAAGGAACAGUAAAUUUGCAAGUUUUUGUCACAUCUGUAACAUUUUUAUUUUCUGAGGUAAUGCUGUAAAAUUUGUAAAUAAUGACAUUGCAUUAAAUUUAUUUAGACCUUGGAGAUCCAUUACAUUUAAGGAGCAGAUAUCCUUAAAGAUUGCUUUCUCAAAAUGUUUUCUAGCCUGUCAGCGUUUCUAAGAAUCUCUCUUUUCUCAUCGUCUGACCUUCAGAUGACACUGCCUCAAAGCACUGUAUUAUCAGCAUCUGCUCUCUCCCGUUGGCAUUUCCCUGCCUGAUCAUGUUCCUUGUGAAUUUCAGUAUGUUUAAUGUCACCUCAUGUAUGGUCAGUGUCUGGAGUCUGACUUCAUGCUUGGUAUACAUGGUCUCAUGAGACACACAUUAGUAGGUGUAGCUGCUUGUACCACUCUGCAGAGCUGAGUGAAUUCUCGAAGUUCACAGGGAACAUGCUAUGGGCGAACCGCUUUGCUCCCCAGGUGUUCAGCCUCUGUAGCUCCUGUGGGGGAUAAGGAUCCCCCUUAGGUGUUUCCAUUGACGGAAUGAAAGGGAAUAAACAAUAAUGAUUUAUUAUCUUAUGCUAUCUGUAAUCCUUUUUCCAUAUGCUGGGUGUGUUGCCUCUCCUCAUCUGCUAAUGCCAUUUGGAAAUGUUCUCAAAAUUGAUGCCGUGAGUUAUUGCAACACAACAUAUCCAUGUUGGCACUUGUAGUUUUUCUCAUUUGUUGAUAGGUUGUGACACCUGUGUCAGAGUGGCUUCGAGAGCCCAUGUAGGCUACACAUGUGUGAGCCGUCAACAUUCUUGGCUCCUCAGGUUCCUUUACUCCUGAAGAACACUGAUGGUAAUGGACCCGUGGAAUCCCAUCGAGGGGCUAAAGAGAGAGGCAUGGGAGCCGAGCAAUGGUUCAUUCUUACUCCUGGGGACAUGGUGUGAGCCAAGCGCCUAAGUUCUCAGUCCUUUGUACCGUGCAUGCACAUGUCUUCAUGAAGGGUUCAGCUGAAAUCCUAUGUUUUCCUGAGCUAAGGGCUAGAGAAAACACUAGCGAAUACCACACCUGUGAGGCCUAAGAAUGUUCUGGUCUCUGCAUCUGUGACUAACACAGAAACAGGAUUUGAAAGAGUUGACCUUCAGGGAGCUGCAUGUAAGAAAGAAAAUCUAAGUUUUAUACUCAGAACAUUCCACCAAGCAGCUACAUGCUUUGUAGGGGCUGUCAAUGAAAACAUACUCAGUCACAAGAGCCUGCUUCAGCAUGACAGUUACUGCGUUACCAUGAAAUAGUGUUCUUCAGCAAGUUUGGGUAUUUGCCAUUACGUAGGGCUAGUCUCCUGGAUUCUCUUGGUUACGUGGGGAAGUCCAUUUCAGUUAGAUUACAUAGAUAGCUCUGAUAUUUCAUACCAUUGUGAGGGCCAGGAGAAUGAGGUUAGGUGGUUAUUCUAGAUCUCAGUACUAAACCUUGAGCCUCUUUGCUCAUCUCUGGGCCCUUCCUCAAUGUUGUCUUGCUUCUCAGACAGUCAUGCACUCCUGGUCAGGUGAAACUAUAUGCAUGGGUCUAGGAUUGCUGCAGUCGAUGAGACAUGAGCUGUGAACAGUGUCCACUGUCACAGUGUGGGUGAAGGAACACUGCUUCCCUAGAAGAAGUUCCUCUCCCUCAGGGAGACAGGUAAGGAGCAGCCAGGCAGGGAUGCCACAUGGUCCACUGCGCUCCAGGCUGGCAGGCUCUGUGUUGGUUUCCAAUUCUUUUCUCCUCCUCUCCUUUUAUCUGCCCCAGUAUAGAGAGUUGAACAUGACUGGUCAGAAUGGAUAUUUUACUGUAAGAAGCCAUGGGACAGAGAUCCCAUCCUGACCCUUGACCUGCAGGAAUUCUAGACAAUGAGAGAACAUGGUGGAAUGACAAUGUAAUAAUAAGUACAGCCAGGCUUGCUUUAUUGUGAGUUUUCAGUUUCUUCCUGGUGUAUCUGAAGAGAACAUUUCUAUCAUUAGGAAGCUGAAGGGUAAGUAUUAUUUGGCAGUUAUAGUUUCACACAAACUUUUUUUUUUCAGGGUAUUGGGGAUUGAAUGCAGACCCUACCGAUGCUUAAACAAAGGCUAUUCCUUAAUUCCUUUUGUUCUUAUUUUGAGACAGACUCUCACUAAGUUGUCCUGCUGGCUGUCACCUGUACCUCAGGCUGGCCUUGAUCUUGCAUCUUCCUGAUCUAACUUUAACCUUCUGAGAUUAUAGCCAUGCACCACUACACAAGGUUUCAUGAAAAAUUGGAGAAAAAAAAAAUCCUCUGUAGUAAACUGCAUUCCCAUAUCCUGCUUGCCCAAGGAUAUAACCACAAAAACCAGAUUUUUGUUUUUUAUUUGGCUUGGUUUUCUUUUCACAGACAUCAAUUUCUGCAAGAGGUUUUACAUUUGUAGGGUCUAUUUAAAGCUUUUGCAAUUUGUGAUAGUGGUGUUUUCUAAAUGCUGCAGCAGUAUUUCUCACUUGCUGACUCACUCUCACUUGCCCCUUCCCCCCACGCCCCUGGGGAAUCUGCAGUGUGUCACUGACUUGAUGGGGACUGAGAGAUGGGCUGUCAGGUAGACAGUCCCUCCAGUGAAAUGCUGUGUGGUAACAAAGGACUGAGGUAGAAAGACAAAGUACAGGCCAUGCUCCUGUGGCAGUUCCCUCUGCCGAGAAUACCCUCGUGUGGGACCCAGCCCCCUGGCACAUUGGCACCUAUGGUGUGGCAUGUAACUUAUCUGGGAGGCUGGGCUCGGUGCCACAGCCGCAGUGCCCAGCUCCUGUUCACCCUUGCUCUCAGUCUGUGAUUUGCACAGUACCUGGCCAGUAACCAACAGUCUAUAGCCAGUGUUUGCUUGCUGAGUGGGGAAUAUACACAGUAGAUAAGCUGAAAGGUUCUGGGUCUUUUAAGACCUUUGGAAGAGAAACGUUAGCUUUCUAAAAGACAAGCAAAGAAAAACUUGAGUAACUGCAAUUUUUAACUGUGCCUAUUGCUGUGUGCAAGGGGUGCAGCAGAUUUGAUUUUUGAAUAAAUGAAAAAUAAAUUGGGGCAAAAACCCCACAAUUUUACUGGGUCUAAAUGAUCUGUCUUUACUGAAGGGAUGCAGGUUUUUCCCCUUUUGUUCUUGGUGGAAAUCAAAGGUGUAUUGAGUGCCAGUUACAGAUGCACCCUGCUUACUUAGGCCACAGAGCUCAUCCAUCCUGGGCACUCAGAACUCCCUUAGUCCUGUUCCCAUGAUGGUAAGGAGAGGACACUGUCCAGUCCUCGUGGAGUCUCCUUUCUGGUCCUGAAUUCAGGCUGUUAGAGAGGAGCCUUAUUGUCAGAGUCUGUACAGUGGCAUGCAUUUCCUCUUUCUGAAUUUUUGUCUUUCCUGGAUCCAGUAAAGGUCCCUUGAAUGAAGAGCACACCUAUUUUUAUCAAGGGGGCAGUAUUUGGUCCUGGUGAUCUCAGACUCUUGCUUAGUUCUGAGAUUAUUGGUGUACUAAUAAGAUAUGUACUUACCGACUGUACAGGGCAGGAACGAGAAGAAACUUCAGCAUGAUCGAUCAGCAUCUAUGUCAUUUUGGUGUAUUGAGCUCUCGGAAUAUCUGUCAGGUUUCAUGUGCUUGUUAGCCCUUUUCUCAGGAUGUAUUAAUUUGUAUUGUUAGGCCAUAUGCAUGUGGAACAGCUGCUUGUCUUGGCAUCCAUUCUGCAAAAGUGACAAUAGCUGGAGGAAUCUGGAGGGGGUAAGAUCAACUUUCACCUGGUCUCUACACCAUAGUAUUAGUACACUGAAGGCUAAAUAAUUUUUAAAGAAGUCUUAAGUUUUACAUUUAUGUAGCAUUUCUAUUGUGUUGGGUAUGGUUAGCACCUAGAGAUGACAGGAAGUGUGCAGGGGACAUGCAUAGGAGAUUAUAGACAGUGUCCAGUUUCUAAAAGGGACUUGAACAUCUUUGGCUUUUUUAUCUUGGAGGCCCUCGAUCUAAUCCUCUGUGAAAACUGAAGAACAGUGUAAUUCUUAGGAAAGGCGAUUCAUUCUUUCUGGACGGGAGAGACCUAGUAUCCUAGGGCAUUUCUGUGUUUAAACCCUGUCUGCCUUUCCUGCCCCAUUGACUCAGGCUUCUAAGUUUGCUAUUCCGUUGCCUGCGGAUUGUAGUGCGGCUCAGGGCCCUGCCCUUCUGCCCUUUAGAAGUCUAUUGAGAUCCAGUUGCUAAGCCCUUUUGUUUAGGUUGUCCUCUUGACGCAGCUUCUCCGUAACAUCUGUGCCACCUAGUGAGUAAGCUGUGUGGCUUCUGCUCCUGGGCUUUAUUUAGCUUGCUCCUUCUGGAAGGCUUGUACCGCACAUGCUCAGCCACCAUGGAAGAGUUCCUUACAUUAGCAGCUGAUGGAUACUUGUUUGAUGAACUGCUUGAUGUAAAUGAAUAUGUAAAUAAAUAACACAUUUAUGAAGUGUGAAGCUGUUAUGUUUAUGGAGGUAGAUUAUACCAUUUUGUUCUCAUUCUGGUGGGUAUGGCUGGAUAGCCUUGAAUCCUGUAAAGCUUAUCAUUCAUGGGCCCAAGAGAAUUGUGCUCAGUGUCAAGGAUACUGUGAAUGGCUUAAAUCCUGGCUUCAUUUAUAUUUGGUAGUUUCUUGCAUUUUUAAUUAAAAUGAAAGAAACAGAUAUUUAUAAAUGUAAAUUUUAAAAAGCCUUCUAACUUCUGUAAUGAAUCUACAGAACAAAAACCAAGAUGUUGUAAGAAAAAGUUUUACAUUUGAUCCCACUAUUGUCAUUGCCUGAUGACAUUUGAACCUCAGCAGUGUCAGUAAGCAGCUGCAGUGGAGUGCAACAUGGCAGGAAGAGUCCCUCAGAAGUCUGGGGCAGCCAGGCAGUGGCCCCUUUGCUUCUGAAUAGCUCAUCUGGAAGAGGCUUGCCUUUGCCUCUGGGAGCUGAGUCGUUGUCUGAGGCUGUAGGGGCUGAGAGCAAGCCAGCUUGCAACUGCUCUACCAAUUAAGUUAGAUGGUAGAAAGAGAGACAAAGACAGAGAGACAGAGACAGACAGAGAGAGAGACAGACAGACAGAGACACACACACACACACACACACACACACACACACACACACACACACAGAGAGAGAGACAGAGAGAGAGACAGAGAGAGAGAGAAAAAAAAAAACUCAAGCUAGUGUGAAUCUGGAUAUAGCCUGGACGUAGCGCUGAGCAGCUGUCUGUAAGUGUGUCAUUUGACUGAUAGUUUGGGUGGAAAUGAAGCUGUGCAGUAUUGUCUUUUGUGAUAUUUUCCAUGUUUUUUAUUCUUUGGAUUAUAAUGAUAAAUGAUUCCCAGUUGUGUUACAGAAAGCUGCCUCUUUGUGUAUUGUGUCUGAAAACUUAAACUGGUACCCUUUGAUUUCAUUGUAUGCAUCCACAGGGACUAGACCACAAAUGGAUUACAUUUUAUAAUGUAACUUUAAAUAUUCAUUUCAAGUUCCAGCCCUAACCCUUUGUCAUGUGUACUUCUCAAUAAAUGAAUCAAGCUUUAACACAAACAAACAA